AUGUGGCCUUCGAUACCAGCUUACAGGAGCUUUGCCAACAUAACGUGUCCCUCUGGUGCAAAAUGCGAGUUGCCUCAUUGCAUCUUCAGUCACGAGACAUCGGAGCCACCUCCAGCGCGACGGUCUCCGUCACCCGUCGCAGCAAAAUAUGAUCCAGAGCCCAUCGCGAAGAGGCUGAAACUCGAUGACGGUUCAAAGGCAUCCAACUUACAGGCCGCUCCAGCACCAAUACAGGCAAAGCUCAACGUUCCUGUUAACUCAGACACGCCCAAGACCAAGGCACCGACACCAAACAAUGCGCCCAAAGCUGCUAACACCGCACCGUCCAAGACACCCACUCCUCUUCCGGCAUCUGCUACACGACCAGUAUCUCCACCACCGGUUGCUGCAGCACCCAAGAUCGCUGCUAAACCUGAUGCUCCUGUUGCCUUGAUGCCGCGAAAACUCAACAAAGAACCAGCAACCUUCACCAAGCGGAUUACUCUACUCAAGGCGCUGCAUACCUACAUGAAGCCCCAGAACGACAAGCUUCUCAAAGCAGUCAAACCUGAAAUCAAAGCACUACACCUAUCAACAAAUCAGCUUAAUAAACUGGCGGUUGAUGAAGAGGAAAGAAUAGCUUCAUCAAGUGGCUCAGUGUAUGAAAACAUACUGAAACAGCGAUUGGUCAAGCUGAAGACCAUGCCAGCGGAAGAAUGGGUCAAGGAACGACGCGAAGCUAUAGCUAAGGAAAGCGGAGAACCACCAAAAAAGGCACCUCCCAAGAAGGUCGAUACAGGCCUUACUCCAAAAGAAGAAGUCACUUUUCUCCCCAGGCUCAUCUGCCCGCAGGAAGGAUUGGAUAAGCAUGGCUAUGUGACCAAGCUGCCUGCCGACGCCGAUCUCAUUGAGACAAAGUUAGCGCUGGAAGCAGCGGGUGGCUGGGAACAAUGCGAACGCUGCAACACUCGUUUCCAAGUGUUCGCAGAACGAAGGGAGGAAGACGGAGCACUUACUACUGGAGGGCAGUGCAAACAUCACUGGGGCAGGCGGAUCUUCCCUCGAAAAUCAAGAGGCGUUGCACCAGAGCCUACAAAGUUCAGCUGCUGCAAUGGAGAGGUAGGAUCAGAAGGCUGCACCACGCACAGCACACAUGUGUACAACGUCAAAGACCCAAAUCGUUUGUCGCUCAUCAUGCCGUUCAUCGAAACGCCAGAGAACGACAAAGUUCCAAAGGAUACCGCCGUGUGUUUCGAUUGCGAAAUGGGCUACACGACCAACGGUCUCGAGAUGCUUCGUCUUACCGUCAUAACAUGGCCGCAGCACAAGCCUCUUGUUGAUGUGCUGGUGCGCCCCCUCGGACAUGUAUUAGACUUCAAUACGCGGUUCUCGGGUAUCACCGCAGACCAGUUCCUGAACGCGAAGCCGUACGAUGCAGCAAAUCCCAAGCCCGUCCGCAAAGACCUUCGCAUCGUCGACUCACCUCAGGUCGCACGAGACCUGUUUCUCUCACACGUCUCUCCCACCACCCCAGUUCUCGGUCAUGCUCUCGAAAACGACCUCAACACCAUUCGUCUCAUCCACCCGACCAUAAUCGACACUGUACUUCUCUACCCGAAUCCCAGCGGUCUACCCUUCCGUUUUGGCUUGCGCAAGCUAGCGUCAGAUUACCUCGGUGAGCAAAUCCAGCAAGGAGGCGCCGCUGGCCACGACAGCUACGAAGAUGCGCGGACUACAGGCGAGCUGGUUCGGUGCAAGAUCAAGGAGAGGUGGAAGCUUUUGAAGAUAGAUGGCUGGCAGAUCAGAGACGAUGGUGUGUAUCCGCCUAUGCCGACGGAGAAACCGCCAGAGCAUGCCCCGGUUGCGCCGUCCAUGGUUCCAGAGGCGAAGAUGGCGGUUCUAGAAGGAAGUUCUGCGCCCAAGAGGAAAUUUGAGGACCAUGAGGUGGAGGAAGAUGGUGACGAGGAGUUGUAG